GUGAGUCUGUAUUUUUCAUGAUGGCGUUGCGAGGCGGAGAGCUAAUGCCCUUAAGUCUUCAACUGUUCUUUCGUUCAUUCUCCUCCACCCCGAGUCUUUAAGUGACAACUAAAACUCGCGCAGAAGUGACGGGGACCCACUUUUUUGCCAUGUUAACUGUGGAUGGAAUGUAUGUCGUCUUAACCGCUUUGUCCUAAUUUAGCUCUCAGAAGUGCAACAGGAUUUUCGAGGAAAAAAGCUUCGAAAUGUCUCUACUUUGUGUGAGAGCGAUCUAGUCCUGCCUUGCAUGGUGCAAGUAGCCGGGUUGACAGCGGGGCUCUACGUAAUAACUUUUUCGCCCGUGAUUUAUUUUCUUCUGAAACAACUUGUCGACUGGAAGGGACAGAAUCACAAUGAUACGCAGCAGAAUACGUCGUUGGAUCUUAGAGCCGUUAAGAAAGCCAUGCUCCAGGGUCCCCCAGAUAAGUUCAAUGCCUACGUGACGCUGAAGGUUCAGAACGUGAAGAGCACGACCAUCACAGUCCGAGGGGACCAGCCAUGCUGGGAGCAGGACUUCAUGUUCGAGAUCAGCCGGCUGGACCUGGGGCUCAUCGUGGAGGUGUGGAACAAGGGCCUGAUCUGGGACACCAUGGUGGGCACCGCCUGGAUCCCUCUCAAAAGCAUCCGCCAGUCGGACGAGGAGGGCCCGGGGGAGUGGACCUUCCUGGACGCCGAGGUCCUGAUGAAGGCGGAUGAGAUCUACGGCACCAAGAACCCCACCCCCCACCGGGUCCUGCUGGACACGCGCUUCGAGCUGCCCUUCGACAUCCCGGAAGAGGAGGCCCGGUACUGGACCGGCAAGCUGGAGCAGAUCAAUACCAUGCACAUCCACGACGAGUACCCAUUGCAAGAAGUUCAAAGGAGCACUCUGCCCUCUGCUGCCUCCCAGUGCUGCAACUAUUUAGGAUGGGGCGACCCGCAGACCCUGGAUGACCACGACAGCGCGGUAGACGAUCGGGACAGUGACUACCGCAGCGAGACCAGCAACAGCCUGCCCCCCCGGUACCACACCACGGCCCAGCCCAACUCCUCCCUGCACCAGUACCCCAUGGGCCCCCGGCUGCAUCACCAGGCCGACUCGCGAGAGUCCUACACGGACUCCAUGCAGAGCUACGACCUGGACUACAGGGAACACAGGGGGACCAGAGGGGGUCCCAGAUAG